AUGGCGCGCAGCCGCGAGCGGCCCGUGGUCGCAUGGAUGCUGCGCAGCUUCCUGCUGCUCAACUUCCUCAGCGCCGUUGGCUUCAUCGCCUAUGCCUUCAUCCUGCAGAACCCGCCCAAGACCGCGCUGCCGCUGGGCCUGCUGAUUGUGGGUGUGUGUGCGCUGGUGGCGGUGCUGGUGGGCCUGGUCGGCUCCCUGCGAAUCAACUGCUGCCUCACGCUCUACCUCUACCUGGGCAGCCUGAUCACCCUAGCCGAGCUGGGCCUCACGCUGAGCAUGUUUUUCAACUACGGCAACACCGUGGACGACCUGGUCAAGUAUGAGCAGGAGAACGAUCCAGACUUCACGCAGGCAGACAAGCAGGAGCUGAAGGACAAGGUGGCGGGAGGGCGCUGGUUCUUCCUGGUCGUCUGCAUCCUGCAGUUCAUCAGCGUGCUGGUGGCGGUAGUGCUGCGCGUGUGCGUGUACCCUCGAGAGCGGGACUUUGAGAACUUUGACGAGGGGGGCGAGGCGGAUGCACGGCCCUCCAGCUCGCAGAUACAGGCGCGCCGCGCCGCCUGCCGCUGUGGUUUAAUGCAGAAGCUGCAGCAGAGCGUGUCUGGGCGGUCCCCUGGGAGCGGCUCCCUGCCCAGCCCGGGUGCCGCCUCCUAUGCCUCCUCCAAACUCUACAAGUCCACCACAGCCAAGAUGGCGGCCAAAUACGGGGACUAUGCCCAGGACUCGGAGUUCCAGCAGAAGAAAGGGUGGUUUGGACGGAAGUGA